AUGCGGAGACAGCGAAAGAAGAACGAGGAAACGAUGCAUAGGCGGUUGCAGAUCGCCGCCACACGAGAGAAAAACGUCAUCCGGCCGGCUUCGCGAGGGAAGUCGGCCGCACGACUGGAGCCAAAGGGCAAUAAUGGCCGUCAAUCAUUGCCGCUGCUAGUCGGUGCACCGCGCCAGGACGCCCUCACGACCAGUCACGGCGCUGUUUAG